CACCUCACAACUGUCAAUUGGAGUUUUUGCUCUUUUCGUAGAAAAUUUUUAUAUGAAUGUUAGAAAAAUUGUUUCCCAAUUUUUAUCGGUGCGACGGGAAUUGUUAAAACAUACAAAACGUGCAAAUUCUGUUGAAAAAAUUAUACAAAAAUUCCCUAAAAUCGGAAAACGAUUAGAGUCCAAAAAGGAAUUGAGUAAAAAUUCAGUGCGGUGUUUGUGUGUGAGCGCGAGUGUAAAUAAAUUUCGAACAGCAAAGUAGUUAUCAGUCGGGAAUAAAGAAAAAAUUUAAAAACAAGCAGAAUGGGUAAUGUUAUGGCAGCAUCUUCGUCGACGCCGAGCAGCGCCGCCGCUUCUUUGGACAAAUUGGGAAUGCCAGAACCAGCAGCUCCUGGCGCCUACAGCGGUGGUCAGGCAGUGGAGAAAGUUGUGAAAGAAACAAAAUUAGAUAAUCCCGGAACUGUUGAGGAAUUGCAUAAAAAAUGUAAAGAUAUACAGGCCAUGACCUUUGAGGGUGCCAAAGUCAUGUUGAACAAAGGUCUCAGCAAUCACUUCCAAGUAUCGCACACUCUGAACUUGUGCAGCACACAACCUAGCGGUUAUCGUUUCGGAGCCACUUAUGUGGGCACCAAACAAUUCAGUCCCUCUGAGGCCUUCCCCGUAUUGUUGGGUGAUAUCGAUCCCUCGGGCAACUUGAACGCCAAUGUUAUUCAUCAAUUCUCACCACGUAUCCGUUGUAAAUUUGCCUCGCAGAUUCAAGAAUCAAAAAUUACCGCCGCCCAAUUGACCACAGAUUAUCGUGGUGAUGACUUUACCGCUUCAUUGACCGUUGGUAAUCCCAAUAUUUUCAACAAUUCCGGUGUUUUUGUGGGUCACUAUUUGCAAUCGGUUACCAAGAGUAUUGCCUUGGGUGCCGAACUCGCCUAUCAAUAUGGUCCCAAUGUUCCUGGUGGUCAAAUUGCUGUUCUUUCUGCUGUCGGUCGUUAUACCAAUGGCGAUUCAACAUGGUCUGGCACCUUGGGUCCCAGCGGUGUACACAUUUGCUACUACCAAAAGGCCAGUGAACAAUUACAAAUUGGUGUGGAAGUCGAAACUAGUCUAAGAAUGCAAGAAUCCGUUGCUACUUUAGGUUAUCAGGUGGACUUGCCCAAAGCUGAUGUUGUGUUUAGAGGCUCCUUCGACUCUAACUGGAAUGUAUGCGGUGUAUUAGAGAAACGUUUGCAGCCAUUGCCAUUUUCAUUUGCUUUAAGUGGACGUUUAAAUCAUACCAAAAAUCAAUUUAGAUUAGGUUGUGGUCUUAUUAUUGGUUAACCUUAAGUACUGAAAGAAAUAACAAAGAAAACAAAAACACUGAAAAGAAACAAACAAAACUAUAAAUUGAUUUCAAUAAUAAAAAAUAGGGAUUAUUGGUUAAAAAUUAUUAACAACAAAAGAAACCUAAAACCAAAUAAAAACACAGCGUAGAACAAAAAUUGGUAAUAACAAGAAUCUGUAUAAACAAAAAGACCCAAACACCUUAAGCUUUCCAAAAACAAACUUAACACUUAUUUCUAGCUAAAAACAAAUUUAAUAAGGAAAGCAUUUGUUUCCUUCUUUUUUUUUGUUAAAAAACGGAAACAUUUUAGAAUAUUUAAAUGGUAUUGAUUUAAUUUCUUCUUUGUUCCAAUAAGAAAUAGAAUCGAAGCAUUUUAAAUAUUGUAAAAUUAAAGCCAGUUUUUUUUGUGCAAAAUCCCCACACAAAUAAACUCUUUUAAGAAGCCAUCAACACCGCCAGUUAUAAUUAUUUUAUAAUUAUUAUUUUUCUUAUGUACAAUUUUUUUAUAUUGUAAAAUUGCAUUUGUUUAGGUUUAAUGUAAACUUUUGUAUUUCUUUUCCAACUUCACUGUGUGUGUCUGCUACUAGUUCUUUAACAAAACUCUAGAUUCCCAGUUCUUCCUGUCACACUAAUACAUCUAAAUAAAAAUAACAAAAGCUAUGAAAACAUGUCCAAAAAUAAACCUCAUUAUCUUGCUGCAA